CGACGCUUGGUAGCCAUUGAACAUAUGUCAUUUCAACAAGUACGGUAGCACAGGCAAAAAGGGUUGGGUUUUUUUUCAAAUCAGGAUAAUAUUUUGCGUAAAAGAUCAAUCAUGGAUGUACGAGUAAGGUUCCUUCUUGCAUUUGCGACGGUGUUUGCUCUGACAUCGCAUUGUUCAGCAUUACUUACGGCGUGUGCGAAUAAUGCAGAAUGUACCGCUGACCAGGCUAACUCAGUAUGUGAUCUGGUAACAAACACGGAUGGUUUGGGAGAUGGUGAAUGUGUAUGUGCAGCUGCAUACAAGGAUGAUGGAGGCACUGGCUGUACUGCAAAAGUUUUGACUGACGCAUGCACGGCUGAUGCGGAUUGUGCAGGAGUGACAAACGCUAAUUGUAAUACAAACUGUGUAUGUGAGGGGCAAUACAAAGAAUCUGGAGGAAGUUGCGUCGACAAAGUUUUGACCGACGCAUGCACGGCUGAUGCGGAUUGUGCAGCUGUGACAAACGCUAAUUGUAAUACAAACUGUGUAUGUGAGGGGCAAUACAAAGAAUCCGGAGGAAGUUGCGUUGACAAAGCUUUGGGUGAUAAUUGCGCUGGUGACUCGGAUUGUACAGGGGUGACAGGCGCUACUUGUAACACAAAUUGUGUAUGUGAGGGGCAAUACAAGCAAGAUGGAACUGAUUGUGUUUCUAAAGUGCUGGGUGAUACUUGCGAUGCUAACUCAGAUUGUGCAGGAGUGACAAACGCUAAUUGUAACACAAAUUGUGUAUGUGAGGGACAAUACAAAGCGGAUGGAGCUACUUGUGUUUCUAAAGGUUUGU